AUGCCGCUCCCGUCGCCCCCUCCUCCCCGAGGCAUCUGGGCGCCCGUCCCGACCUUCUUUGCCUCCAAGUCCUCGUCUCGCUACAACGCCGUGACCCCGCCCUUUGACCUCGAUGCCCAGGGACAGCACGCUAUAGGCCUCGCCCGGGCCGGCGUCUCUGGGCUCGUCGUCUUCGGGAGCACGGGCGAGGCGGUCCACGUCCACCCGCGCGACCGCAAGGUCCUGCUGCGGUCCCUCCGCAACCGUCUGGACCAGGCGGGCUUCAAGUUCCCCAGAUGCCCGCUCAUGGCCGGCACGGCCACCAACAGCGUUCAAGAGACGGUGGAGCAGCUCGAAGACGCGCAGCGGGCCGGUGCGCAGUGGGGUUUGUGCCUGGUGCCUGGAUACAACGCACCAGUGGUGAGCCAGGAGGGCAUCGUGAUGUGGUUCACUGCCGUGGCCAACUCAAGCCCCAUCCCCAUCCUCAUAUACCACUAUCCCGGCGUGUCCAACAACGUCCAGGUCGCGCCAUCUACCUUUGAAGCCCUUGCCAGGCACCCAAAUAUCGUUGGCUGCAAGCUCUCACACGGCGACAUGUCGAAGCUCAUGCAAAUCUCGCUCAGCCCUGCCAUCAACCAUUCCAACUUCCACGUCUUCACCGGCCUAGGCCAGCAGCUACUGCCCGCCAUGACGGUUAACUGCGCGGGCGCAAUCGACGGCUCCGCCAACUUCUUCCCAAAGUCGUUGGUGCGAUUGUACACAUUGUGCUGCGGGCCCCAGUCGUUUGAUGAGAAAAGUGAGCGUACUCAGCUGCAGUACCGCGUGAGCUGCAUGGAGGAGCUCAUCGUCACGCACGGCAUCCCCGGCAUCAAGGAGGCCGUGAGCCGUCUGAGGGGCAUUGGAGACGGGGAUGGAACUCGGCUGCCGCUCUUCGGGGGCAUGCCGGGAGGGGACGAGGAGUGGGCGAAGUGGUUGGGCGUCUUGAACAAGAUGGAGGAGGUCGAGGUGCGACUGUCGCCGGUGUUUCCUGAGGGCGCGGAAAUGUAG